UAGAAGAGUCUGUCCUCAGCUCAUCAAUUAUUUCUAAUCUCUUCCACUUCAUUUGUGAGACAGACUUUAUCCAUUAAUUAUCUGGACGGGUCCCGGGCGGAAAAAGCACAUUUUCCUCUGUUUCAGCACUCGGCCUUGUCAGCUCUGAAAUGAAAUACCUUUUGUUGCAUGGAAAUACAGUUCAAAGUCUGCGGAUACGUGGCCAGUUCAUCCACUUCACCAAGGACACGAGUCUAAAUGUUACAGUAUUCACUUGUUGAAAACAAGUUGAGUUGAAGACGCGGUCACGCUGCUCCCGAACGCGCUCGGCGCUCAUUAGUGAGGACACACUCUGUAAUCGCGGUGACGACGCAGCAUUUGCUCCCGGCUUCGUCAGACGUUUGUACGGAUUCACGGACCCGCGGGCCACAUCUGGAGCCCGGCAGCGGCUUCCUGCAGCCACGUCCAGCGGAGCCGGAGGAAAGAAUGACGGCGGCCGAUGCCGGAGCCAGGACGCGCUCUGCUUCUUGUCCAUGUCACAUGUUGGUGUGGACUCAGCAGCUCAGCGCUUCCUAAUGAAUUUAACAAAAAUUUGGGGAUUUGUGUGAUUUUUGCACCAUAUUGUCAUUCUCAUCUGUGGCAAGAACUUGACUACACAUUACUAUCGAAUGCUGGACAUCAGAUGUAAUAUUGAAUGCACUGUGUUGCAAUGCUGGGCGGAGGUUUCACACUCUGACUGAUCCCAGUCUUUCAGGGAGAACAGAUUCUGUUUCAUCACUCCCGUCUCAGCUGACCCGAAGCCCAACAGCUUCAACCGUUCCCCUGACGCUGCUUCUAUUUAAUGAGCUUUGAUCUUUUAAAGCAUGUCGCCUGUUUGUUCUGCAGCGAUAAAAAAACAAAAAAAAAACCAGUUCACUCCCAAGAAGCCUUGGCCGGAUUAGAAGAAAACAACUGGUGCCGUGUGGAUUCAGGAUAGAUGGACGGGUGACGUAACGUCAUCAAAAGCAGCUCUGGCGUCUGCACAGCUUUCAUCUCAGCCCUGGAUCAUAAAUCCGUCCUCAUUUGGGCCACGAUAAUGGCAGCUGUUGAGCAACGAGCAGACACUUUCACAGGCAUCUGUGCGAAACGAGCGAAAGAAACAGACCAGCGUCUCAUAGACCUCUGCGGGGCCUCAGCGGCAGCGUCUAAUCCCCUCGCUGUGACUCUCACAUGAUGCUGAAAUCGCCCGGGGGCCGAGCGCUGCAGCCGCUCCGCCUCAGCCUCACGUGCUCUGCUCCGACCGGAGCAAUGCGGCACCGCUGGUCCACGGAGCGGCUGCAGGCGCCAUGAGGAGCUGCUCGGUGCCGGGCAGAUUCCCUCGGCUGUGGCCGAGGAGGAUUGACGCGCAGCACGAGUCCAGCCCGCUCCUUCCCAAGGCAGGUUCUGCGAAGGAGGGUGCUGCGGAACUGGCCAGCGUGUCCAGUGACUUCCAUCGAACCGGGUCCAACUAUGGGCAGAAGGGGUCGGAGGUUCUGUUUGGGGGGACCCGGCGCCGCUACAGCUUCUCCCUGAUCGACUACCUCCUCAAAUAUUUCCUGGUUCUGUGCACUCUGUUGUUCACGGUCCUGGGCCUGCUGGUUCUCGGCCUGGGGAUGUGGGGCCUCAUCAGCAAAGAGUCGUUCGCCCGGGAGAAGAUAGGCAGCAUCGGUACUGACCCGAUGCUGGCGCUGCUGGCCCUGGGCCUGCUGCUGGCGCUGCUGUGCCUGUCCGGCUGCGUGGGGGCCCUGCGCGACAACUGCUGCCUGCUGAGGCUCUUCUCCGCUCUCGUGCUGGCGCUCGUCGCGGCCGAGGUGCUGGCGGCCAUCUUGGCCUACGGCCUGCGGGCCCAGAUAGGAACCUACCUGCGCGCGGGCAUGAUAGCGGCCAUGACGCGCUACCAGGACGACCUGGACCUGAGGUUCAUCACGGAUGAGAUCCAGACCAGCCUGCAGUGCUGCGGCGCCGACACCUACCGCGACUGGGAGGUCAACGUGUACUACAACUGCUCGGCCCCGGGGGUUCUGGCGUGCGGCGUGCCCGCCACCUGCUGCGUGGACCCGCUGGAGAACGGCACCGUGUGGAACUCGCAGUGCGGCGUCGGGGCCCGGCUCCUGGACGAGUUCAGCGCUCAGAGCGUCAUCUUCCUGGGCGGCUGCCUGGGCGGGAUCUCCCGCUGGAUCGAGCAGCACCAGAACCUGAUGGGAACGGUGGCCCUCGUGGUUCUGGGAGUCCAGAUUCUGACUCUGUUCAUAACUUCGCGCCUGCUGGACAGCAUCCAGUGGCGCAGGUUGGUUUAUAGCAUGGAGAGUUGAAAAGAGUAGCUUUAACAGGCUCUGCGUCCGGCCUGUAGAGAACAGACUCCAGAACCAUAUGAAAAAAAGUCUAAAGGCUCAGAUCGCACCAACAUAAUCAUUAUCAUAAAUAAUGCAAUUCCAUCAAAAUGUAUUUCUGUUCUAGCUGUCAU